AUGUCCGACCUCUGGUCUUCCAUAGUCUUUGCCAUUGACCCUAAGAGAACCGAAGCCAUGUCUGUCGUCUUACAAUCGACAAUCAAUCUCCUGGAAAGUGAGCUGGUCAAAGCCCGUGCUGCCCUCCGGGAUAUCCAACCCAAUGCCUCGCCCUUUGGAUACCACGGUGAUGAACUCGCCGUAGGCGCCAUGACUGCCUACAGACGGGACCUAAUCGGCCGCGCCCCCGAUUUUUAUGGGUCUCGCCGCUUGACGCUGAAGGAACUCGGCCUGGAGCCCGUCGUGCGGGAACUACCCACUGAACGGGUGGUAUCAAAUAUGCAAUCUAUAGCACCGGAAUCCCCUCACCGGACGGGACUAGAGGAUGUUCUGAGCAAUAGCUUGAUCCUCGACCAGAUGGCACCAUAUCUAUCAGUAUCUUCCUUGAUGACGUUGAGCUCAACUUCACGCCGCCUACACACCGUAAUCACUCAGACGCCAUAUGUAUUCCGACAUCUUGAUCUUUCCCGCUGUCGGGGCGCAGAAGUCCCUACACUAACACAAGCGGAGAACGACUCCCAGACCGAGGACGAGAUCUACUCCGCCCCAUUGAAGCGCAUUUUUACAAGUCUCGAACGCAGAGGUAUAUUGCAAGACGUGCGCACUCUGAUCUUGGACGGGGUCUCAGUGCCGGCUGAUCUGGUGGCCGAAAUCAUUUCGACGGAUCGUUUCAACGUCAACAUCCUGUCUAUUCGCGAAUGUCGCCAUCUCAACGAACGCAAGCUGAUGCAGGUCAUUCAGCAUGCCGUUCGGCCUUCACGCCCUGCGGGUACUCCGAGAGUGAAGGGUAUCUACCACUUCUCUCCCAUGCACACGGGACCUCGGGCAGUGGCACGACCCCGAUACCGAGACUGGUGGGGAACCCGUGUGGGAAGUUCGCGGACACCCAGCCAAACCCCAUCCAAUUCUGAUCAGGAGGAUGGCGCCUCCGCGGGAUCCUCAUCGGGAGGGCAGCAAAACGAGUGGUACAGCGCAUCAGGGAAGCUUUUCAAGCACACCCUUGAGGAAGGUUGGGCUCAGGUGCUUAAGAAAUGUGAGGGCAUCAUUGCCUUUGACGCUGCUCUUUGUCGUGGCCCGAGACACGAUCCCGAUCUAUACAGUUCGACCGCGGAGGGCACCCCGGCUGAGGUUCCGUUGCUCGGACCUGCCGUGGCCACCGUAGCCCUCGGGCCCCGUGGAUGUGACGGAUGCCACAGUUCCCCCGAAGGUCCGGCUAUUUGGAGCCAGUCCCCAGAUAUUCAAUUUCCGAUGCUUAGUCCCCCGCCAUUGCACUCAUCUAGCGUUGCAGCGGCGAAACGGCCCGAGCUAAUUCCAGGCGAGCAUCCCGUCCUUAUUGCUCGCUGCACAGACUGCCUUACCAACUGUUGGUGCCAUCGGUGCAAUAAAUGGUUCUGUGGUAACUGUCUACCAAACCCACAGCCUGUACGAGUAAGCCUGUCCCCGCAUCAGACUGCAGUCCAUCCCAGUGCCGCUGAACUGCAGGAACGUGAGAGAUUGGAACGGGGUGUAAGCAAAGACUGCUGGGAAUGUGGCCCUACUUGUGCUUCCUGUAAGCUAGAAUGCCAGCACACAUGCCAAGGCUGCCAGGGUGAUUAUUGCAUUCAGCACAAUGAAGGAUGCUCGAAGACACUGUGUGACUGGUGUAAUACCAGUGCUCGCGGGCGAAUGCGUGGCGAUUUCUAUUAA